UCCAAACACAACAAACCAACUGGAAACCACCAAUCUCACUUCCCUCCAACCAAAUCUAUGCUUUCAACUGUCAUUCUCCUUUUCACUUCCACUUUCUUCUUCCCCAUCUCACUUUUUCCCCACUCCUUAUUCCUUCCUUCAUUUAGUACUUCUUUUCUCUUGCUUCCCACAAAUUCUUUUCCUCUUCUUCUUCCUCCUGUUUCCAUGGAGGUGGAGCCAUCCCACUAACAUCACCCUCUUCUCUUUCGUUCUAAUCAAAACCAACCCACUACAGGAGGAACCAAAAUGAGCUUCCAAGAUUUUCAGAAUGGCACCAACCCAUCUCCUUCCUCUUCACCAAUGCCUUCUAAGAACCCAGCUCAAGUCGUUGCCGCCGGAAUUUUCCAGAUCAACACCGCCGUUGCUGCCUUCCGUCGUCUCGUCGAUACUAUCGGAACCUCCAAGGACACCCCUGAUCAUCGCCAGAAACUGCACAAAACCAGGCAACGCAUUCUUCAUUUGGUCAAAGACACCUCUGCUAAGCUCAAAUUGUUGACCGAAUCCGAUCAUGGCCCCAGUAUCAGUGCCAAUAAGAAAGUUGAGGAUGCCAAGCUUGCCAGAGAUUUUCAGACCAGUUUGCAGGAAUUCCAGAAAGUUCAGCAGCUUGCCUCUGAGCGCGAGUCCACUUACGCGCCUUCUCUUCCUCCAUCUUCUUCCCUACCACCAACCUCUGCUUCUGCUCAUCCUUCCGAGGAUCCAGUGGUGCAGGAUACCCAGCCUUUUCUUAUGGAAGUGAAGAGGCAGGAGAUACUUCUGCUGGAUAAUGAAAUUUCAUUUAACGAGGCCAUAAUGGAGGAAAGGGAACAAGGCAUUAGAGACAUAGAACAACAAAUUGUAGAAGCAAAUGAUAUAUUCAAGGACCUUGCUGUCUUGGUUCAUGAUCAGCAUGUGGUUAUAGAUGAUGUCCGAUCCAACAUUGAUGCUUCCUCUGCUGCAUCAGCACAAUCUAAAGUUCUCUUAGCCAAGGCUUCAGAAAGUGUAAAAUCCCGUACUUCAUGGUGCUGGUGGGUGUUGGUGGUUUUCGGAUUGAUAUUGGUUAUUGUUCUCCUGGUGCUUAUACUAUAGCAGCAUUCAAAGUGCAGGAUAUAUGGUUGAUGGGGCAUUGAGGAUUUUGGAGAUGAAAUUUUGUGUUGUGUAUUCUGUUCUUUUCCCAAGUACAUGAUGUAAAUGUAAUGUUAAUGUUUCUUGGAUGAGAGGCGCAUUCAGUUUAUCAUGGUUUUUAUUGGGAGUGCAAUUGCUGUUUCUGAAUAUGUGCUAGUGUAUAAACCAGGGAAGAGAUUUGAUUGUUGUGACUUGUGAGAAGUCAGAGACAGACAGGAGGGAAGUUGUUGGUAUGGUUUGUGUGGGAUAAGACAAAUAACAUUUAUUAUUGGUAAUGUAAUGAAAUUUUCUUGUGUUGAUCA